AUUAUUACUUUUAUCGUGACAUUAAUAAUCCUGGAGAUUAGCCUAGGUGGUAAAUUGCCAAUGCCCGAUCUUACACAGAAAUCUGUCGUGGUCUCUGAAUUAACAAAUGAGUCAAUUGCAAAAAGCAUUCGACAUAGUCUUUGGGGUGGGUUCACUCAAAGUAGUGGAGUAUUUACAAUCGGUGAAGUAGCGAAUUCUAAUGCAGGAUUUGUUGGAUCUUAUCAAGGAUAUAUGUAUAAUACUUUAGGUAUCUCCUAUUCAAAAUUACAACCUUUAUAUAUUACUCCUGGCAUAGUAUAUCAAGGAUCUGAGCAUGAUUUUAUGAAACUUCCAACGGCAAGUGAUCUAUUUAAUCGUGCGCUCUGA